AUGAAAGUGGAAUUCCUUGAGUUGAAGCAAGGAGAGGAUUCUAUGGCUGAGUACGUGACUAAGUUUGAAGACCUUGUUAGAUUCUAUCCCAUGUAUGAUGGUGUAGGUAAUGAAGAGGACAAGUGUGUGAAGUUUGACAAUCAUGCUAGAGUAACUCAUUAUAAAAGUGGAGGACCUAUGAAGAAUCAUAAUAAGUUUGGUUCAUCCAGUAAGGGUAAACCUUACACUAAGUUUGUUGGGGAUUCGAUUUCUAAAGCGAGUAACCAAGGUUCUGCGCAACAAAGGAGCCAAGCUCCAAUAGAUAGCCAAACUUCUAAAGGAGGGAGUGUGAGUUCUGUUCCACGCAACAACUGCUUCAACUGUGGGAAGCCAGGUCAUAGGGCAUAUAAGUGUCAGGUGCCAAGAGUAAUAACAUGUUUCAAUUGUCAGGAGAAGGGACACAAAGCUCAUGAAUGCCCCAAGAAUAGGAAAGGAACAACUGAAGCUAGAGGGAGCGCUAGCAAACCUAGGGCGACAGCAAGGGUGUUUGCCUUGAGUGGUGCUGAAGCUACUUAG